GCUAACGGACGGCGAGGAUCACGAUCUUGCCCCAAUUGCAAAAGUCAUCACUAGUUGUGUGUUGUGCGACGAGUACGGCAGGAACUUCGCCCUCGUUUGUCUGGCCACCAGCAGGCCGGCGAGAUUGCGGCAGUCUGGUGGUGGUAGCUAUCGCUGAGUCGGGUCGGUAGGUGGGCAGGGUGGGAAGCCAUAGCCUAGAAGGUCGCAGGGUGCUAAGAGAGGAAGGAAGGAGCGGCUAUUGCAGUUGAGCGGCGGGGGAGGAAUAGUGGAAAUCGUUUGCUGAGUAUUGCGAAUGCGGCGGCGAAGUGGGCUCACACAGAGAGAGAGAGAGAGAGAGAGAGAGAGAGAGAGAGAGAGAGAGAGAGAGAGAGAGAGAGAGAGGGAAUAAGGACGCCGAAGCGUCGCCGCCCUUUCGUGUUUGAACUGUGGUUUCAAUUGCGAUUAGAGACGGACGUGUGCAGGACAGCAAAGAGUAGGCGGCGCGGGUGGGUACCCAUUGUCUCGCGGGUGGGAUAGACAGCGGUCGUUAUCACCUCUCCGACGUCUCCGGAUUUAUCUUACUUACCUGGAGUGGAAAGGGACGAGCUCAGAACUCUGUGAAGUGCUCUUCAGAGACUUAUUAUACAGAUGGAAGGUUCUAUAGGUCAAGAUAGGAGAGGAGCAGUUCAACCACCAAAGCGGACACGGAGAGAUUAUGCUGAAUACGAGCAACAGGUGCCUGCGGAUAGAGUAGGAUUGUAUGCUGCUGCACAAGCUCGGGGGAGAGGGCCUGCUGAAAUGGCUGCGGCAUAUGGCCCUCGAGGAGGAGAGCUGGAUUACGAGCCUGUUCCCCGUGCUAGCAUGCCAGGGCGAUGGCGUGAAGAUGGCAUGGGACAUCCAGCGGAUAUGUUGGCUUAUGGUCCAGGUCCUGAAAUGGGCCUAGGUGGGCCCGCCCGCAGAAUGAGCCUCGAGGGCGCUGGAAUUGGUAUGGGCAUGAUGGGCCCACGCGGUAUUGUGGAGGACGGUCUGAUUCCCACCCCUGGUAGGGAACCAGCGCUCAGUAUGCGAAGCAUGGGAAUGGAGAUGGGAGGCAGAGUUGCCCCACUGAAUGGGUUAGGAUUGGAGCCGGAGCGGGGGCUUGGAGCAAUGAGAGGGGCCAUAGGGGUGGAGGCGUUGCCAGAAAAUGCGUGUUCGACUUUAUAUGUUGAUGGAAUUCCCAUCGACUGCAGCAAGAGGGAGGCAGCCCACAUCUUUCGCCCAUUCAUUGGGUUCCAGGGUCUGCGACUUGUGCACAAGGACUCGAAGAAGGGUGGAGGAGAGAAGAUUGUCCUCUGCUUUGUGGAGUUUACGAAUGUCCAGUGUGCUGCAACAGCUCUUGAAGCCUUGCAAGGGUACAAAUUCGAUGAAUCCGAUCCGGAGUCGUAUGUUCUCCGUGUAAGCUUUGCCAAGCAUCCAGGUCCACGAAGCGCUGCAGAGCGCCGAAGGGGCGGCCCGGAUGGCUAUGAAAACUCAAGGGGAAAUGCACGCUGAGUGUUCAUGAGCUCAAAUCAAGGACUCGUCGUUACUCGAAGACCAACCCCCUUUUGGAUGGGAGGAUGCGAAGACCGCGAUCGGAUGUCAUAAUGAAUGCCCUUUUACCACGUUGGACCCCUGCUCGAGCGGUUAGAAGCACUGGUUCUCCAAGCUGACCGUUGGCUGAUCAAUCCGCUGAUUACCUGCGUUAUGGCCGUGGAGAUAGUGAGGGUCACAGCUCCACGUUGAGGCAUUUUGGCUUCAUGAUCGGUAACUGCUGCGCCUAUGUUCCGAGGGGUGGAUAAUCCAAGUUCUGGCCACAAGUUUUACGUUCCGCUCAUCUUCUAGGUCUUUUUUUGCCUAGGUGACUCUCCACGCAGUCAUGCUGUGCGUGAUGUUUAGGGGGCUCCUGCAGUGGGACAUCCGGUCAGUGGAGCAAGUGUGUGAGUGUGCAUGCAUUGUCUUCUAAUUGAGUUAGGUAUAGGCAAGUAGGUCUUUUGCUUCAUGCGCGAGGACGGCCACUGUGGUGGUUUAUAGUGCAAACCAGUCUAUGCUGGAUAACUGGGGCAUGCGUGUGUGUGUGUGUGUGUGUGUGUGUGUGUGCACGCAGGGGUGCGUUUGAGUUCCGUCCAGGGUGGGUUCGUUGUGUGUAAGUAUGCACGUUUUGCGUGUGCGUGUACACGUGUGCAUAGAUGCGAGGGUGCGGGUUUAGAGAGAGAGAGAGAGAGAGAGAGAGAGAGAGAGAGAGAGAGAAACUGGUGCUUGAAGAUCUGAGUCAGAAGGGCCAGUUUAGGCAAAGUUUGAACGAGUCCUGGACUCCCUUAACUUUGGCCUGCUGUGCAUGGACGAGCAUGGUUUAGUGGAAACAGUAUGGAUCUGUUUGCGAGUGCAGGGAAGUUGGUUCUGAACAUGAAAGGGCUCCUACAUGCAGGUUCGUUAGUUAUCAGGGGUAAAUGCGAAUCUAGUGUAUGUGAAGACGAUGGAACUCUUUGACUUCAUGAACUACGUUUUACUGGAAAUUUAUGCAUUCCUAAGCUAUCUUUACAUGGCCUUUUUCAUUCACACCACUUCUGUCUCUCUGUCCGUGCCGGCACAAUGCCACCUGUUGUUGAUUCCGGAAAGAGGCAUGUGUGUGCUCUUUUCUGUGUUAUGUGUGUGAGUUUGUGUUUUUUUAACCGUUGACUGUACUCUUUAUUUCCUCACUAGCACUGGACCCACUAGAGCUGAAAAUGUAAUUCCCCGUCGUUUAAAAUCCCCAAAAGUUUAGUGCAAGGAAGUUGUUCCUGUCUAUUGGAUGUUGCUUAUGAUCUGUUGCCGAAUGAUCAGAGCCUCUUUCCCGAGGUGAUCCGGUUGGGGUAAUGGGACUUGUCGGGGUCUUAAUUGCCUUCCACUGGCUGCAGUAAUGUCCACCUCUCUGCUGAUUUUGUCCCCGCUGCUUUGGAAUAGUUGCUGACGAUCGAAUGCGUUUGACUACGUGGAUUAUAUUACCUCGGGGAAAAGAGGUUGGCUACUGUGUGCACCGCGGCUCAUCUCAUACUUGGGAGAAGGCGCUUGCGUAGUCAUUACCUACCGAUUGCUGCGAAGAGCUUUGACCAGUAGGAAAUGUCAGAUCAGAUACUGUCUUGCUGAGGGCUAUUAUCCUGAGGGAGCAUACGUACAUUACGUAUCAGGGUCGACCUUCAAGUGCAGUCCCAUCUAUCAUAGUGUGUGGCCGUGGUAGUCAUACUGGCAAGAGAUGAUCCCAAUGGCUCACGUACGUGUACCGUGCACCUCAUGGGCUGAAGCCCUUUUGCAGCUGGCCAGUCUGAAGUGGCUGCCACUGGUCCUUAAUCGGAUGUGGCAUCUCAACUUUUAUCCUCGUGUCACUCGGUAAUACUAUCGAAGACUUUGGUUAGAGGUCCGCUUGAACUCAAGUGUGUGGGUCUGGAUAUUUGCGCCGAAUCUCUAAAGCGC